CUGAGAAAAUAAAAAAUGUACAAUACAAGUAUUAAUAAAAUAGAAAUGAAAAUCAAAAUAAUAAAAAGGUGCAGCUCCAAAUCUCACAAUCACUUCUGAACAAACUCUCUCUCUUUCUUCCACACUCGCUCUUUUGCUCGGAGAUCUACCAUUUCUCCACCCUCCGAUUCGAUUCAUCUCAAGAAGUUUGCGUGAAUUUGUCGUUCGUUUUCAAUUGAUUUUGAGCUUUGGGAUUUUGUGAGGCGUAAUCAUGGUUGUUCUUGCCGCCUCCAUCAUCAGUAAAUCUGGCAAAGCUCUUGUCUCCAGGCAAUUUGUGGACAUGAGUCGCAUAAGAAUUGAAGGCCUCCUUGCUGCCUUUCCUAAGCUGGUUGGGACUGGAAAGCAGCAUACUUAUGUUGAGACUGAAAAUGUCCGAUACGUUUACCAACCUAUUGAAGCUCUUUUCUUGCUUGUGGUUACUAACAAGCAAAGUAAUAUUUUGGAGGACUUGGAGACUUUACGGAUGCUUUCUAAACUUGUACCAGAAUAUGCUUACUCUUUGGAUGAAGAAGGAAUAUGUAGAGCAGCAUUUGAGCUCAUAUUCGCCUUUGAUGAAAUUAUUGCCCUUGGGCACAAAGAAACUGUCACCGUUGCACAGGUGAAACAGUACUGUGAGAUGGAAAGUCAUGAAGAGAAGUUGCACAAGCUGGUGAUUGCAAGUAAGAUUAAUGAAACCAAGGAUAUAAUGAAGCGCAAAGCUAAUGAAAUUGAGAAAAACAAGAUGGAAAAGAGCAGGGGUGACAAAGGUAAUUACAUGUCGUCCAUGGGUUCUUCAAGACUGGAAAGUACUUUCAGUGACAUGAGCAUAUCUAGCAGCACUAGUGGAUUUGGCAGUAAUUCUGGGUUUGGACCGUCAACUGAUCUGGAUUCAUUCUCCACCAAACCAAAAGGUCGUCCAGCAGCUCCUGUUUCUGCUCCACAGAAUAUUGGUAUGAAGCUUGGUAAAUCACAAGGAACAAACAAAUUCUUGGAAUCCCUGAAAGCAGAAGGUGAAAUGAUUGUUGAGGAUGUCCCACCAACAUUAAGCAAAUCUAAGGCUGCUGCUCCACCUCCUACUGAUCCUCUAACAUUGACUGUGGAGGAGAAGCUCAAUGUGACACUCAAACAAGAUGGAAGUCUCAGUAACUUUGAUGUACAAGGCACUCUGUCUCUUCAGAUUCUUGAGGAGAAAGAUGCUUUUAUCCAAGUUCAGGUCGAGUCUGGUGGCAAUCCUAGUGUCUUGUUCAAAACGCACCCUAACAUCAACAAAGAGCUGUAUUCAAAUGAGGGUAUUUUGGGUCUUAAAGAUCCUAACAGACCUUUUCCCACUGGCCAAGGAGAUGGUGUUGGCCUUCUAAGGUGGAGAAUGCAGAGUACAGAUGAAACAGCUGUUCCUUUGACAAUCAAUUGCUGGCCUUCCAUUUCUGGAAGUGAUACUUACGUCAGCAUUGAGUAUGAAGCUUCAACAAUGUUUGAUCUACAAAAUGUUGUUAUCUCGGUACCCCUUCCUGCUCUUAGAGAGGCACCAAAUGUAACGCAAAUUGAGGGGGACUGGAGAUAUGAUCCCAGAAAUUCUGUAUUGGAGUGGUCCCUUGUUCUGAUUGAUGACUCUAAUCGCAGUGGUGCUCUGGAGUUUGUUGUGCCUGCAGCAGACUCAUCCGCUUUCUUUCCCAUCUCUGUGCGAUUUACUGCUACAAAGACAUUCAGUGACUUAAAGGUUACCAACAUUUUGCCUCUAAAAGGUGGACCUCCUCCCAAAUUUUCACAAAGAACCCAGCUUUGCACAGAAAACUACCAAGUCGUCUGAUGGAAUCACAAUCUCGGCAUCAUUUGUCAUAUGGUUUUGCUUGUGCACCGUAGCAUUUUAAUGGAUUUUUUUUUUCAUUACAUGCUUUGAUUGUUGUUGCAAUGUUGCAUGUAGUUAAAUUGUUUACAUGUGAUUUAUUUUUGCAAUUUGUGUAGUAGCCCACUGUUGAGGAUUGGUUUUUAUACAACUUUGUGAGGACUGGUUGAAACUAGCACAUCGGAAUUUGAAUAGCAUCUUGUAAUAGGUUAAGACUUUAAUUGUUGGAAGGAAAUUUUAAGCUUUGUAAAAUAUACUCUUCCUGAAAAUAAACAAUGUAUGCAAUGAAUCAUGAAAUAGGAAGUUUAAUUUGGUGGCAUUUUCA